UAAAAUAUUUCAAUGGUCUGUGUCAGCUGCCAAAAAACGUCAAAAUCAAUGUUUUUAAAUUAUUGUUCGCCUUUUUCACCAAUUUUCAAAUCAAAACAAUAAUAAUAGGAAUGAAUUAAAUUAAAUAUUGGAAUUUCAUGAUCUAUUAAAUAAUGUUGUUAAAAUCUAAUAUCCUGAAGGCAAUUUCAUUCAAAAAUCCAGUGCAGCUGCCACUUUCUUACUGGUUAUUGGUGUGUCUCCGGUUUCUGCUGACUGUGGUGCCGCAGAGGGGCUAUCUACACCCCGAUGAGUUCUUUCAGAAUGUGGAAGUUAUCGCAGGAGAUAUCUUCGGAAUCGAUGUCUCGAAGACGUGGGAGUUCGACCCUCAGUUCCCCGUGCGGAAUAUCCUGGUCCCGAAGCUGCUCGUGGGCCCGCCCUUGUACCUCAUCCGGUUCAUAAACCCCUACACCAAGUUCUAUCUCAACAUCGAUUUGAAAACUCCUUACUACCUCCUUGUAAUACCGAGGCUGUUCAUCUGCCUCCUCUCGUUCAUUAACGACUACUGCCUGUACAGAAUAUGCGUAUUAUACGGUCAGAAUUACAAGAACCGAUUGAAAAUAUUUGCCACUUCCUAUGUGGUGCUAGUGUAUUGCUGCCGCAGCUUCUCCAACACGUUUGAGAUGAUGUUUUUCUCCAUGCUCCUCCUGUUUGUAGCCGAGUGCAUGUCCUUCUCAGAUAAAGUCAUUUAUCAUGAUGAGUUCUUGAGACAAAAGUAUGAACAAGCCAAAACACCUGUGGAGAAAGUGAAGCUUUUCAAACUUCAGACCCAUCUACCCGAGCACUCUCUGAACAGGGUCAUAGUGCUGGCCACCCUGGUGGUGGUGGGCAUCUUCAACAGACCCACCUUUGUUGGCUUUGCCCUGUCACCCAUUUUCUUCUGGCUACACAGAGGCUUGGGCUCUAAAGUAAUAGGAUUCAAGGAUUUCAACUUUAGAAUUUUCACUUUUAUACUCUGUGGGAUACCAACAUUCAUAGUGAUGGUCAUAGUUGAUUCAGUGUACUAUGGGUACUUGACGCUUGCUGACGUGGACUCGAUGCAGGUGAACUGGGACAACUGGGUGGUGACUCCGCUGAACUUCCUGCGGUAUAACAUGGACAAGAAGAACCUGACGCGCCACGGCCUGCACUCGCGCUGGAUGCAUGUAGCUGUCAAUGUGCCAUUGCUGUUCAAUGUGCUUGGAGCUAUUGCCAUCUUGCAUUUCCUGUCCAAUGUUUAUAGAUUCAUGCGAGGACAGUACAGCAAGCUGCCCAGAAUACAGAGCAUCACAGGACUGAUGCUGUUCUCCGUCACCAUCCCGGUGGCCAUCCUGUCUGCCUUCCCGCACCAGGAGGCCCGCUUCAUCAUCCCCAUCCUCGUGCCCCUCGUCUACCUCUACGGGAACCACUUGCAGAGCAACGAGACUGAUGGACCCGGCUACAAGAAACUCAAAAACUAUCUCCUCUACACUUGGUAUAUUCUAAAUUUACUCCUAACAUUGUUCUAUGGUUUUAUACAUCAAGGCGGUAUCUACCCGUUUACGAAUAGUCUACACUACGAGAUAAAGAGCACGUAUGGCAUGCACACACACGUGAUCACGACGCAUAGUUACAGUAUACCGACGUAUCUACUCCAGCUAGAAGAUACUAAGAGAAUCUGGACUAAUCGCGCGACUGGUCACAAAUACCGACUCUCUCCGUCGACAUUUAUUAUGAAAUUCGGUUCGAUGCCGACUAAAGAUCUUCUAGAGACCAUAGACUACGUUUUAACUGAUGCAGAGAUGUUGCUGCACAAACGGCAACGCAAGUACAGGUUCUAUGUCGCGACGCCGUGCUCGUUAGAGCGAGAUAUAGAGCUUGAAGCGAGUAAAUAUCCAUACAUCAAACUGGUUGAGGCAUUUUCGUACUACCCGCAUUUCUGUUCAGAGGCUCUCCCUCAGUUCCCCAGUCGUAGUGAUAGAAAUUGUCUCGAAAAGACAGAUAUUUUACCUGAACUUGUAGAUCUUAAUGUGAUACAGAGAAUCUCAUGCUAUAUUAAACGUUUUUGUUAUAAAAUUUAUAGCGUACAUACAACUAGUAACACCUAAUGUUAUAAAAGUAUCAUAAGAAUGUUUAAAAAAAGAAAGUGUUGUGAUGAGCAAUCGGUUUAUAGAUCUGAUUUUACUGUAAAUAAUGCUCAAUGUGUAUUUUAAUAUUCAUUUCUGAGAUUUUAACAAUUUGUUGCAAAGUAUUUUUUGAAUUGGAUUGUUGUUGAUAGUUUUAAUAUUAUUAUUUUUAUUUUUAUUUUUACACUAAUCUUUACCCUUUAUGUAUAAACUUUUAUCACAAACUGCA